AUGAACGGACAUACCAGUGUUGACACUCACGCCAACGGCAACACCCCACCCUCGAGUCCAACGCCUGGCAGACGCCUUCGACAACUGCUGGAAACCAGUAAGGACAUAAUCGUGGCUCCCGGAGUAUACGACGGCUUCAGCGCCAGGGUUGCCCUGGAUGUGGGAUUCGACUGCCUCUAUAUGACAGGAGCAGGAACCUGUGCGUCGAAGCUAGGACAGCCGGAUCUGGGCCUUGCAACCCUCAAUGACAUGCGAGAGCACGCUGAAAUGAUCGCCAAUCUCGACCCGACCGUCCCUCUCGUCGCCGACGCCGACACCGGGUACGGAGGCCCAAACAACAUCGCAAGAACAGUUGAGCAGUACCACCGUUCAGGCGUUGCGGCCUUGCACAUCGAGGACCAGAUUCAGACCAAGCGCUGUGGGCACCUUGCGGGAAAAGAGGUCGUCAGCAUUGAUACCUUUGCGCAGCGUAUCGCCGCCGCCACACAAGCGCGAGAAAGAAUCGGUUCCGAUAUCGUCAUCAUUGCCCGGACGGAUGCUCUGCAGACACAUGGCUUCGACGAAGCUACCCAGCGGCUGAAGGCUGCGGUCGCUGCAGGAGCGGACGUCGCAUUUCUUGAAGGCAUAACUUCGAAGGAGGAAGCCAGGACCAUAUGCCAGGUUCUCGCGCCCACACCUGUCCUCCUGAACAUGGUUGAGAACGGGGCCACGCCGUCGUGGACGACGGAAGAAGCGCAAGAGCUUGGAUUCCGCAUCAUCAUCUUCCCGUUCCUCGCGAUUGCACCUGCGUAUUAUGCGAUGCGUGACGCUUUCGAGCGUGUCAAGAAGACAGGGCGGACCGGAGUCCCUGGUGAUUUCACUCCAAAGAAGCUGUUUUCUAUCGUGGGUCUGGAACGAGCUACCGCAAUCGAUGCUGCAGCAGGCGGCAGUCUUUACAGCAAAGUGUAG